AUGCUUGAAUGUUUUUUCAUAAAAAAAAAUCAAUUGAUUUCUUUUUUUAGUUUUCGAUCAACUCGAUCAAAUAUUGCUUUUCAUAUAUUUGUUUCUUUAUCAUUUAUUCUUCGUCCAACAUCUGCCAUUCCAUUUGUUAUUAUAUAUCCAUAUAUAUUAUAUAAAACUUCCAAACGUUUACAAUUUCUUAUUCAAGCAUUUACAUGUUUUACUCUAUUAAAUAUUUGCAAUAGUCUAUUAGAUAGUUAUAUGUAUAAUCAGUGGACAUUUGUACCAUUGAAUUUUUUAUAUAUCAAUUUUUUUCAUCCAAAUUCAAUUUCAUCACAUUAUGGUAUAAAUAAUAUCUUUUGGUAUAUAACAAAUGGUCUUCCAAUGAUAUUUUUUUAUCGUUUACCAUUUCUUUUUCUUGGUGCAAUUCAAGAGAAACGUUUAACAAUAAUAGUUCUCUUUACAAUAUUCAUUUAUACAUUAAAUGUUCAUAAAGAAUUUCGAUUUUUAACACAAAUUUUACCAAUAUUAUUUAUUUUAGAAGCAAAUGGAAUUAAUUGGUGUUUAAAACGUUUUCAAUGGAAUAAAUUUCGAUGGAUUUUCUAUCUAUCAUUUAUUGGACAUAUAUUCAUUGGUAUUUAUUUUUCAUUGAUUGAUCGUCAAGGACAAAUAUCUGUUAUGAAUUAUAUACGAAAUAAUUUAUCAAAUGAAAAUCAACAAAUACUAUCCGUAGAUUUUCUUAUGCCAUGUCAUUCAACACCAUAUUAUAGUUUUAUUCAUCGAGAUGAUAUUCAAUUAAAUUUUUUAACAUGUGAACCAAAUUUAAAUAAUAGAACAAAUGAUUAUAUGGAUGAAGCUGAUAAAUUUUUUUUAAAUCCAAUUGAAUCUUUAAAACAAAGAUUACAUGAUAUAAAUCCAAGUCAUUUAAUUAUGUUUGAUACACUUUAUGAUCAAGUAAAAGAAAUCUUUGAUGGUGAUCAAUGGUUUUCUGUCAAAGAUAUUAUAUUUAAUUCGCAUAUUCAACAUACAUCACGACAUGGAAAAAUGAUUUAUAUUCUAGAAAAAAAAUGA